AUGGACGGCAAAAAGACCACAGACUGCUCACCUAGAAGGGCCAAGAACAAAAUGGAAGAGGAAUCCAACAGAUUUGAAAUCCUUACUCCGCUUCUUGACAAGAAAAAGAAGAAGAAAAAGCGCUCCGCCUCUAAGGAGAGACACCGGAAGCACUCCCAGGAGCGGCUCCGGGAUUCGUCCCUGGUGAGGGAGCAGCCCGAGGCGACCCCAAGCAAGAGGAAGAAGAAGAAGGCUUCACAGCAGCCCAGGUCUUCCCCAUUGAAACAGUUCCCAAUCUGGGGUGACCCUGAAGAGGCCACUUCUAUACCCAAAAAACACAAGAAGAAAACAAAGCGAGAGUUAGAGGUAGAAGAGGAGGCAGUUCCUGUGUACGCCCUUGUGGACAAAGAAAAUAUCGAGAGCACACCCAGGAACUGCAGGGGAGACUAUGCUGCUUAUGUUGAGAAGAACAAGGCGAGAAAGUCCAAGAAGGGACACCACGCAGGGGUACUGGGCGCAGCCCCUGAGUCCGCCGAGGAGGAGUCGGCGCUGCGUCCCACGGUGAGCAGGAAGAAGCACAGAGAGCAGCCCGGGAAGGCCGCGCGCCGUGACGCUGCCCAGGAGAGCUGGCCCGCCGGCCCUGCCCCAGCCCACGCGGGGACAGAGGAGCAGGAGUGUCUGCCUUCCACAGAGCUGCCGGGCUCUGCGGGCAAGCGCCGGUCCAAGAAGAAAAAGAAAAAGAAGCAUAGGAGCCAAGAGGUGGAGACACUGGCGGCGCCUGAGAGUCCCGGGGCUGCAUCCCCCGAAAGUCCCCAAAGGGUCGACAAGGCUGGGACAGUACAGAGUGGGGAAAGUGGGGAUGCGCCUGAAGAGGCCCGGGACCCCAGCAGGGCAAAGAAAAAGUCCAAGAAAAGGAAGCACGCUUCCGUGACAAGAGAGGCAGCAGCUGGUGACACCUCUGAGCCCCCCGAACCUGACAGUCCCCCGGUAAGAGGUGGUGUGAAACGCAGGCCGCACGAGGAGCUCGCCCAGGCCCCUCCCAGAAGGCAGCGUAUGGAAGAAGCACCCAGGGUAGAACCCACCAACGAAGAGGAAGAAGACCUGUGGGGGCUGGCAGACGACCCUGAGACCAGCUGCUCAGCCAGAGCUUGGAGGGACUCCCCUGACCCCGAGGUGGAUCUGGACCACGCCGUGAAGGAGCUGCGAGAGUUCAUCCCCGACAUUGGGCACAGGGCAGCCGCAAGCGUGAAGCGCAUGUAUCGGGAAGACCUGCAGCGCUUCCGGGAGUUCAGAGCCCAGGGUGUCCCUAUCAGAUUUGGCAAGUUUUCUGCCAAGGAAAAUAAGCAGCUGGAGAAGAACGUGGAGGAGUUUCUGGCCCUGACGGGGAUCGAGAGUGCAGACAAACUGCUGUACGCAGACAGAUAUCCGGAGGAGAAGCUUAGGAUCACCAAUCUAAAAAGAAAAUACGCAUUCCGGGUACACAUUGGAAAGGGCAUUGCCCGGCCCUGGAAGCCCGUCUACUACCGUGCCAAGAAGAUGUUCGACGUGAACAAUUACAAAGGCAGGUACAGCACAGCAGACAUUGAGAAGUUGAAGAGAUACCAGUUUCUGCAUGGAAACAACUGGAAGAAGAUUGGCGAGUUGGUGUCACGGAGCAGCCUCUCCGUGGCCCUGAAGUUCUCGCAGAUCAGCAGCCGAAUAAAUCACGGCGCUUGGAGUAAGACAGAAACCCAGAAGCUGAUCAAGGCCGUCAAAGAAGUGAUUCUAAAGAAAAUGUCUCUCGAGGAGUUGCAAGAGGUAGAUUCCAGACUCCAGGAGAACCCUGAACAGCGCCUGGAGAUUGUUCGGGAAAAGCUCUACAAAGGCAUAUCCUGGGUAGAAGUGGCGGCCAAGGUGGAGAGCAGAAACUGGAUGCAGUGCAAAAGUAAGUGGACUGACAUCCUGACCAAGAGGAUGAAUUACGGCGAGGACGUGUACCGCGGCGUGAACGCCCUGCAGGCGAAGAUCAUCCUGAUUGAGAGAUUGUAUGAAAUCAAUGUGGAAGAUUCGAAUGAAAUAGACUGGGAAGAUCUUGCUAGUGCCAUCGGGGAUGUUCCUCCAUCUUUCGUCCAAACUAAAUUCUACAGGCUGAAGGCUACCUGUGUUCCCUUUUGGCAAAGGAAGACUUUUCCGGAAAUCAUCGACUACCUGUACGAGACCAGCCUGCCUCUGCUUAAAGGAAAGCUGGAGAAGACACUGGCCAGAACGGGCAGUGAGGUGCAGCCCCCCGUGACCCCUAGGCCGGCCUUCCUGUUCCAGGACAUCUUCUACUGUGACGACGAGGACAGUGAGGACGAAGACCCGGAAGAGCGGGUGUGA